GCUCCCGCCGUCGAUACCACGCCUAUCUCGCCCGUGCGCGAGGGCAUGGAGCGCCGCAACUCGCUCGAGAAGCAUCUAAUGCAUCGCCCGGACAUGCAGGACUUGAAGAACAGGCAUAUUCUGCUGGACACGAACGCUGCGCCAGCCCUGCAAGCCGCGCAACUGGAGCUCGAGCGCCAAAAAGUCAGCGACAACCUGCGCAAGAACCUGUCGCACCGCCCCCCACGCGACGAGCUAGUCGAGCGCAACAUCCUGCCCGACAGCACGGCGGCGCCCGCGCUGCAGGGCCACCAGAAGGAGCUCGAGCGCCAUAUGCGCGCCGACAGCCUCGAGAAGGCGCUGCUGAGCCGUCCGAAGCCCGACGAGCUCAAGGGUAAGGGCAUUUUGCCUGAGGGG